CCCCGGCUUCACCUCCGUCCACCACCUCUCCACAGGUCCCCAUCACGCUGGGCGUCUUCCUCAACUCCUACUACGACGUGAAGUUCAACCUCCUGGGGAUGGCCUUCGCCACUUUGGGCGUCCUGGUGACCUCCCUCUACCAAGUGUGGGUAGGAGCAAAGCAGCAUGAGUUGCAGGUAAACUCUAUGCAGUUGCUGUACUAUCAGGCACCAAUGUCCUCAGCUAUGUUGCUGUUCAUCAUACCCUUCUUUGAGCCAGUCUUUGGAGAAGGAGGAAUAUUUGGGCCCUGGACGCUUUCUGCUGUGAUAAUGGUACUACUGUCUGGAAUAAUAGCCUUUAUGGUAAACUUGUCCAUUUACUGGAUCAUUGGAAAUACGUCACCUGUCACGUAUAACAUGUUCGGACAUUUCAAGUUCUGCAUCACCCUCCUGGGAGGGUGCCUCUUGUUUAAGGAUCCACUGUCUGUUAAUCAAGGCCUUGGGAUUCUGUGCACGUUGCUGGGCAUUUUGGCUUACACCCACUUCAAGCUUAGCGAGCAGGAGAGCAAUAAGAGUAAAUUGGUUCAGCGUCCGUAAAGCAAAGGGUUCUGGAGGUUAGUAAUAUUGUGAAGGAAAACACGUAUUUAAAAAUGCAUUGAUUCUAGAAUGCACGAAAUUGCCUCGUUUAUUUAGAUCUGUGGGUUUAGUUUAACCGCCAGGAUCGUUAUUCUGUAACUAAACCGAACGAACUGAAUUAUGUAAAAUGCUGGGGUUUGCCAUCGCAAUCUGUCCUAUCAUUUUCAUUAAAUUUAAAUGGUAACUUAAAAGAGAAAAAGGCUCACUUCAAAUUGCUGUGGAAAUUGUACUGAAGUAAUUAUAUUUUUUGCAUACCAAAUGAGAUCAUGAUGGCUACAUUUAUAAUACAGAGAGAGAGAGAAAGAAAGAAAAGGAAUCUUGUCUUUGUGAUCAUGCCAGUAUUACUGUUGUGAAGAAACUUGGAAGCACUCUUAUGCAGAUGUUCUGGUGUGUGAUGAUGCUUCCUCCUUUUUGUCUGGUGAACGAUGAAGAGGCAACGUACUUUGCUCAGUGGUUUUAAAAGGGCUGCUGAGCUCAAUCCUAUUUCUUGUACGGUUUCUUACGUAUGUUAGGCUUCAACACAUUGAUAGGUUUUUGGCUGAACAAAGUAGAUAAAAUUACAGGUGGAGAGAGACUAGGGGAGACAUUGGAAAACUUGAAGCCACAGGCCAAGCUAUAGGAAAGUAGGAAAUCAGAUCUAAACAGUUAAUUGUUAAUGUCCUGAUGGACCAAAAGAAAAACGUGAGAAGUCAUUCAUGUUUUAGAAAAUUCUAUUACUGCUUUAUAAUUUUCUCUAUGCCGAAACCAAGGCUUUACAUGAGAUCUUGUACAUACUCCUGAACCUAAUAAAAUCUCCAAUUUUGUGGUAAUAGCCAAAUAUUUUGCAGCCCGUGCGUGCAGACGCCCAUGCUAAAAAUAUUCUCGGCGAAAUCUUCAGAAAGGUCACCAUCUGUAAUGGAUGUUAAGGUUUCCCAGUUCUCUCUCCCUGCCUCCAGCCCCUACCUCCCUCACUCCCACACCUUUCCCUGAGAGUUCCUUUCGGUGGGAGCUGCAGGUUUGUCCCCUCUUGUUUCGGGGGGAGGCGCAGGGGCUGCCUGGGCAGUGCCGGGCAGCAGCAGUUCCUCGGCAGAGACAGGCCCUGGAAACCUCAUCAAAGUGACUGAAGAGCGUGAGGAGGGACCUGCUUCUGCUCUAAUUCGGGAACACUUUGAAAAUUAUUUCAUGCCAGUAUCGAGCGCUGAUUUUGACAACGUGGAAGUAAGAAGUUGGGUGCUGUUCUGUUUAAAAAAAGAAAGAAAAAAUAACCGCUUUCAGUAAAUCUGGUGAGAACAUAUGUUCGCUAGAUUUGCAGGGUUAGAAUUUAUUUGCAGUAUCUUAAUCCUUACAUUUCGGGGUUUGUUUUAUCUUCAUCUACCUCUAGCAGAUUUAAAGAGGGGAAUUAUUGGAACAAAAAAAGGUAUUUAUGUUUUACAGCCACCGACAGAAAUGAUACUUAGUUCCUCUAGGCUUUUUUUACAAUAGAGGUUAGAAGUCUUUGUGUAAGAAACAAUGCAGAUCUUGUCAAGCUUGUAAAUUAUUUAUUCUGUUACAGAGUUCUUGAUUUUAAAAAAAAAGUUCUUUCUCUGUGUGACCCAAGUUUACACCAUAAUACUCUAUAUUAUUUCAGAGUUACAGAUACCUGAAUAAUUUCACAUCUUUACCAACCGUGUCUUAGACAUUGUACUGGUGCAAGGAAAAUUUUUUGUAUACGUUUUUAUAAAUCUAUAAUUAGUUUUAAAAUUCAGCCUGGACUACUGGAAGAUGUGUUCAGAUAGGACAAAUCUCUGGAUGCAUACCCUUCAGUACGUACACUGAGAAAGCCAUUUGUGUCAAUUUGUGCUGUGCACAAUUUCUUCUAAAAUGUAGGUAGACUGUAAAGGCUCUUACAGUUAGAAAGCAACAACUGAAUUUGAAGCCUGUGUGACACCAAAAUUUGGGAUGAGACUGAUGUAAAUAAAAGUGGUAGAAUGAACAAAACAACCGUCUCUGAAAAUACAAAAGACUCUUUAAGGAGAGGAGCAGAUCUGCAAGAGAAAGUUAACAAUCAUUAAAACAAUACAUUAUAAAUACAGUCUGUUGCUGGAAUGUGUAAGUCGUGGAGGUCACUUCAGUGACACGAUUUUUUUCAUACGUUCAAGAGCUCUCUUUGAUAUUUACUUGUUGUAUCUAACAAAUAAAGUAUCUUGAACUUUGUCAUCUGGUUCAAAAUAUUAAACCCAGGAGGCUUGUGUAAUCAUGGGAUAAAUAGAUAUUUGUAUGUAUUGUUUCUUUGGAUACCAUGUGUAGGGUGGGAAUAAAUUUUUAAUCACUUGACUGAUCCCUGCUUUGUGCAGGGGA